CAGUGACAUGUAAACAAGUAGAGCGAGCGCUGCUGAGUGACUGCAGUUCAUAUUCAGCUUCAGUUCUGAAGAAUACAGCAGAUCUAGCCUCUCUACAGCCUUUAUACACCUGAGCACGCGUCUCCUGCACAGGAGAUUUCACCGCAAACCAGCCAAGAUGAUGCAAUGUCUUCAGUUCCUCGUGGAGCCCGCCAAGAACAUCACCGUCAAACUCAAGGAAUCUCGCAGGAGGGCUCAGAAUGAGAAGCAGGUUCCUCUGGAUGAGAGCCAGCAGUUCAUCGUCAGCCUGGCCAAGGACCUGAGCCGAGUCUGUCAGAGGUCUGAGGUUCUGGAGAACAUCACCAGCUGUGAGGAUGUCUGGCCCACACUCACCUGCAGGGCUUUCAUACUGGAGUGGGCCUCCAUGCUGGAGAGCAAGAAGAGGCCCAUGCAGACUGAUGGUUGGCCCGAGAAGAGUGACUGGAAGGAGCUGAGUCUGACCAAUGAGCAGGAUAUUGAGAGUGCCAAAGUGCUCAUCCUCAACUGGCUCAAAGACCUGAGAGCCCAACCAGAGCAAAGUGUGUGGCCGGGUGAGCAGGUGGUGGUGGUGCUGGAUGAUCUGGAGAAGAACUGGAGGCGAGGACGCAUGCCCACGCUGCAGCCUGCCAUGGAGCUGAUCUUCUGGACAUUACUGGCUAAAGAGCUGGACAAGGGGAACAUUCCCAAGCAGUGGCUCAUUUGGAAGCAGAAGAGUCAGAAAACUGGUGCUACUCCCUACAUUCCCCACACUGUGUGGGACUGGAUCUCUGAUGCUGUGGUGGAGGUAACCCUUGACCUGGACACGGCCAACCCGGACCUGCUGAUCUCGGAUGACGAGAAGCGAAUGCGCUGCGGCUUCGAGCGCAAAGACGUGCCCAACAUCCACCAGCGCUUCGACGGGUGGUGGUGCGCCGUGGGCAUGGAGGGCUUCAGCUCAGGCCGCCACUACUGGGAGGUGGACGUGGGCGAGAUGGACUGGCGUCUGGGCGUGGCCAAAGAGUCGGCGCUGCGUAAGGGAUUCAAAUCCCUCAACACGCACACCGGCUACCUGACCCUGCGCCUGGAGAGAGGUACCGAGCUCAAGGCCCUGACCGUGCCCUUCACCGCCCUGCCCCCCGACCUCAUCCCCCGCAGGGUGGGCGUCCACCUGGACUUCGACCACGGCCAGCUGUCCUUCUACGACGCGGAGAAGCGCGCGCACAUCUUCACGUACAACGAGAGCUUCAACGAGAAGCUGUUCCCGCUCUUCGGCACGGUGGAGAUCGUCAAAGACCUGGUGAUCCGGUCGCCGGUGGAGCGCAGCCGCUGCAUGUGCCCGGUGGGAAUGUGCCUGUGGGGGUGAAGGGUCUAAACCCCACUCUAAACCCAACAGCACUCCUGGGAGGCGUGGUUUCACAAAACAGGGCGUUAGAAAAGUCCGAAAACGUGGCGAACUUGGGCCAAACGUGAGGGCUGUCCAUCUGUAGUUUCCAUUACAGUUCUUCGUGCACUGGUCUUGACAUUUUGCCUUUUUUGCAUAACCGAAAUCCUGUUUUGUGAAAUGCCCACCCCCUGAUAUUAUUAGCAAAACCACUGGCUAACCAAGUCCACUCUUAGUGAACCAACGACCAACCUGUAGCUUUAAAAAAAAAACGACGAAAAGUUAAAACAGUUAUCUAAAGUCUGUAGAGUCUGUUUGCUGUUGCUGCUGCUGCUUCUGUUGUACUAUUUAAUGCUGCCUUCAAGUCACGUCAUUUCAGGAAUGCCAUAUUUACAAGAUUCAUACUAAGGUCAUCCAAACUACGAAGAAAAACAUGUUUUUUUUUUUAGUUUCGAUUCAUAUAUUAGACAGCUUUAUAAGGUAGUGUCACCAGGAACUCAGGCUUUCAGUUAACAGCUGUGCUGAACUCAUCAAGAGUUAAUUAGCUACGUUUUAAUUUCUUGUCUCUUAAUGUAAAGGUUUGAGAGCAUCAGUUGUAAAGUAGGUAGAAGAGGUAGAGUUACAUUAUUUGAGUAAUGUUCUAAUCCAGAUUAUGAGACGCAAGAACUACUCAACUAAAUAAAGAGUAAAGGUCAAUUUCAAGAAAUUUGAAAGUAUCCUCAAGUGCAGUGGCGAAAAAGACCAUCAAAAACAUUAUAAUGAUGAAACUGGCACUCAUCAGGGCCACCUUGUUGUACAGGAUAAGUUCAUAAGAGUUUCCAGCCUCAGAAACUACAAGUUAACCGCAAGAAUUUUGGUUUGAUGAUCAGUUUUAAAUUUACUACAUGAUUUCUUAUGUGUUUCUUGUGUCCAAACUUUUGACUGGUACUCUAUAGAUUCACCUAAUGCUUCCUUUUCAGUAGCUGUAAAUAUACUUGGCCUCUAAAAAAACAACAUAAAAACAGAAUUAAACGAAAUUAAGAGUGAAAUUCCGUCGUGGACUUGAAGGCAGCACAUGUUUGCACCUUAUUAGAAAGGCAAUCUACUCAGCAAGGCUGUCCAUUCUGCACUUUCAUAGAUAUAUAUAUAUAUAUAUAUAUAUGUACCUAUAAAUGUAUGUGAUCUGUGAAAUCUGUACUCCUGCCAUGAAAAUGCACUUUCUGUGAAUAACAAAUCAGAAUAAACUCAUAUAGAUACUUA